AUGUCCACCCCACCGGGCACGGCUUCGGACCCCAUCUUCACCGACGCCCCGCCGCUCAGCGCUGGCGUCGCCUUCGUCAUCGGCGUGGCCGGCGCCGCCCUAGUGCUUGCGCAAACCGUGCUGCGCGCGUGGCGCCGCGUGUCGCUCUCGCAAACCCGCGGCCUGCUUCUCGCGCGCGUGCACCUGCUAGUGCUCGUGCUCGCCGCCGUCGCCGCCGCCUCGCUGCUCGGCUCGCAGCGCUUCUUCGCGGAUGACUCGCGCCCGCUCGGCUGCCUGCUCCCGCUCCUCGGCGUCCUCGCCCCCUUCGUCUUUCUCGCCCGCCGCCCCGACGCGACCACUUCCUCCGUCACCCGCCCGACCCGCACCAGGCUUCUCGACUGGCUCAUCCAGUCCCCAGUCAAUCUCCUGCUGCUGCUCCCGGGCCUCGCCUUGUCGGGGCUGUGCGUGUGGGGCAUGGUCGUCGCCGAAGCCUGGGAUGUGCUUGCGCUCGCCUUCUCAGCCUCGGUCGCGGUUCUCACUCGCGCCGACCCCGUUGUGUAUCGCGCGUGGGAUGGAGUUGGCGCCCGGUGGCAGUGGGGUCGUGUCCUGCCCAGUCCGGUGCGAAACGCCGCUUGGCGCUUCGUCAUAGGCUGUUGA